UUCCCAUCGAUCCCGUCGAUCCCAUCAACUAUCUCCCUCAAAAAGACCCUCCUCUCCCGUCACCAACCCUCAAGCAACAGAUCAGAAUGGCAAUCGGCGACAACCCCGAAAAACACCUCGACGCAGAACAGCACGUCCGCCGCAACCCCCACCCCGACUUUAAAAAAGUCGAAGCCUCCCGUCCAGACUGGGAAGAAGAUGCUUCCCACUCCUGGCACUACACCAAAACCCGCUCUCCGGACUGGACGCCCGGAUCCGGCGCCAACGAUGACGUAUGGACGAAAACCGAUACCGUAUCGAUUGAUCCAUACGAGGAGGGCCGUCGUGCGGUCGAUAACUACAAGUUAAUGAUCUCCGGGAUCGUUCCCCGUCCCGUCGGGUUCGUCUCCACGAUCAAUCCCACCACCAACGUCCCGAACCUCGCUCCCUUCAGUUUCACCCAAAUGGUCAACCACGACCCCCCAAUCUUCGUCAUCGGCUUCGCCUCCUCCAUCGCCGAGGCAAAAGACACGCUGUCGAACCUCCUCACCACGAAGGAAUGUGUCAUCAACAUCAUCUCCGAAACAUACAUCGAAGCCGCAAACUACACCGCCAUCGACGCUCCCUCCCACGUCUCAGAAUGGCCACUCUCCGGGCUGCAUCCCGCACCCUCUGUCAACGUCCAGCCCAGUCGGGUUGCUGAAUCACCUUUCAGUAUCGAAGGUACAUUGUUGAAUGCGCAAGAGUUCAAGAAUCCGAGCGGAAAGGUGACGGGAACGAUGUGCACAAUUCAAGGCGUCUACUUCCACAUCCAUGCCGCCGCUCUCAACGCCGAGAGAAAUAUCAUCGACCCGGCGGUUUUGAGACCGAUUUGUCGGUUGGGAGGGAUUUCGUAUGCGAGGUUGACGGCGGGGUUCGAGUUGCCGAGGCCGGAUUAUAAUAAGGAAUUGGAGGGGGAGAAUGAGAGGAUCAAGAGAAGACACACGGGCACUCAUGCCACGAAGAUACCAAAAACCAACCGGAAAUCCAAGCGGAACCCAGCUCCCCUGCUCUAA